AUGGAAGAAGCAGCGGAGAGGCAUGACUCUGCUGAGGAGGCACAGCUGUUUCGCUUAAUGCAACUGAAAGAUCCCCUCGUUGAUGAAGUGCCCAUAAGGCGAUGGCGGACACAAUGGUUCCCUACCUUCGCUAGGCGGUCGCUGGUCCCCCUGGUGCAAGCAGCUUCACGGUGCGAUGCCAUUGUUGAGGUCAGAGAUGCUCGACUGCCGCUGUUGUCCAGGUGCAACUUGCGCGUUCUGCAACUUCCAAAGCCCAGGGUCGUUAUCCUAACUCACGCAGACCAAGCUAGCCCACUAGCAACUCGCCAAUGGCAGCGGCACUUCCGACGUGAGAGUCGAGAAGCAGCGGCAUUGGAGCUGCACGCGGAGCUCACGAGAGCCCGUAAACAAGUGAGAACCUCAGGCCUUGUGAUCUCAACAGGACUACUGCGUGCAUUGUCGGAUGUCUGUCCAUUGGCUCCACGGCUGCCGUAUCUGUUUAUUGACGCUCGGGAACCUGCAGCAAUUGUACGAGUACAACGGCUUUUGCGUAGUCUGGUCAAGAGACAUCGUCGCUACCGGAAGGAGCUGGAUGCGUUUCGUUCCCUUUGUAAGAAAGCAGCAACUGCUGCUCAACUAGAGGGAGAAGAAGCAUCUUCGCCAUCUGGCCAAGUUGCUCAACUCGUUGCUGCCUUCAAAGGAGCAACUGACGAAGCAGCACAUGCUGGGGAGGUACUCACGAAGGCUUCACUCCAGCAGAAGAAGCCCCUCCGCAUUCUUAUUGUUGGGGUCCCCAAUGUGGGAAAGAGCAAGCUUGCCAACUGCCUUGUGGGGAGGAAAGUUGCUCGCAGUUACCGAUGGCCAGGCACCACGCAGUCUGUCAACUUGCACAGACAGCCUGUUUCCUUGGCUCGACGGGGGGAUAUGUCACGGCUUUUUGAUGUGAUAGACACUCCGGGAUUUAUUCCCGUGCAUCCCGGCAAAGGUAAGCGCAAACGGCGGCUGAAUUUUUCACAACAGCACCAACUGCAGCAGCACCUUGGCACAGGCGCGCGGCAGGGACAGCUCGAUUUAGGUAUAUUCUUCGACUUUACGCAUCCGUGUCCAUCCCCUGACGAGCUAGCGCUUCUCGGGGCAUUUCACAUGUUGCCUCACAGUUGCCUGUUCACGAUAGAAGAAGCGGCUGUGGCUCUGGGAAACGCCUUCUUCCGCAUCAGAAAGUUGUUGCCAGCAGCCAGCGACUUAGACAGAGUGAUGACUCGAUACAAAAUGAACAGGGAGGCCUUCAAAGACGAAUUGAAUAUGGGAGUGCAACUGCUGCUGACGGUGAGUGGGGUGGGAGGGAGAGGGAUGGACGGUGUGUUAGUAGAAAUACUCUAUUCUCCCCUGCUACUGUGUGGGAAAACUAACUUUAAAGGCAUGCUGGAUGAAAAAGAAGAUAUUGCAGUAAUUAUAAUGUUGAAGUUUGGCCCGCUGUUGCCGUUUUUCCUUCAGUUGGCAGAAGAGAGGCAUCACUCCAACGAAGGAGCUGCCGCGCAGCGUCUUCUCAGCGACUUUACUCAGGGUUAUUUGGGUCGGCACACAUUCGAGCUUCCUCCUAUACGAUAUCCUUCUCCAGGAGAGAUGCCAGCGAUAAAGCGGAUCAUUCGGGAUCGGGGUGCAGGGGAAGGCAAUAACAUUUCUGCUACUGACGGACCUGCAUGCCUGAGUGGGCGUCUGCAACAGGCAGCAUCUGAGAAAAGCUAUCAAGGCUCAUCCGCGAGUGAUAACAAUAACAACAAACGAAUUCGCGCAUGCGGGGAAAAAACUGGAAGGGAAGCAGCAGUAGGGCUCUCCUGGACGAUGCGGCGCAAAGGUGACAGAUUGUCUUUUGUUUUAGAUACCCAAUGUCGCCGAGAGACUUCGCGCACAAGUGAAGAAUGUGCACGUGGGUUUGGUGCCACCCAAGAAGCACGACAGCCCAUCCCCCCUCCAACAAACACCAAUGAGCAUAAACAAGAACACGGUCAAGGGUACGAUCAGUCUUCUGUGAGCAUCGCAAAUUAUGCAGUAGGAAGACAACAGCAACAGCAACUACUGGCCCCAGGGUGGCUGGAAGGAUGGUAG